AUGGUCUCUUGGAGUUUCAGCAUUAGGAGCUCCAGGCGACUCACUUUCUUGACUAUGCUAGUUAUGAUCACACACCUGAUGGAUGCUGGAGCGGAAGACUCUGACAUGGUGGAGGACACGUCAAGAGAGGAGGGGGUUGGUCCUCACAUCAUGCUAUGGGUUGAAAAUGAUGACUGCCAGUACGAGACUGUUGAGUGCAGACGCAACGACGGCCCUCACCCGUUGAUAUCUUUUUACACGUCGGCAAUGGAUUCCUCGAUGGAGGUCAACAUCUUCCUCAACGGAAAGCUGCUACAGAGAACGACAGAUCAGACAAGCACUAUGAGCAUGAUCAUGCGCUCACCGCACGAGUUUGCCGAACGCGAAUCAAGAGGAGACUUUGUACAUUCGCUCAUGGGUUGCAUUGUGGAUCGUUAUGGAAAGAUUGUUGCAAAAGAUGAGAUGGAGUUUUCGUAUGAUCUUACCAACAAGCUGCUCCAAGAUGUCAAGAGCUUCAGACCGCCUUGUCCUGUGGUCAAUGACAGUGAUGUGUUCUUCAACUAUCGCGGCGGAGAUGGCCAUGGGACUCAUCAACCUGUGUUGCAUGCUGCCUUCUUCUUGACGUCAGGAUCGGUGGUUGAGUUCGGAAUGGGAUUUUAUAGCACUCCAAUGCUUCACCAUCUUUGUGCGCAAAAGGGCAGGCGUUUGACCAGUCUCGACACAGACAAGGAGUGGGUGUCGAAAUUUGAGCACUUCAAGUCAGAGACUCACCGAAUUCAUCACGUUGCUGGUUGGGAUGAAGUAGAAGGAGGGGAGAUCAUGAGAGAGAUAUUGAGCGGCAGCUGGGGUCUUGCUUUUGUUGACCAACAUCCUGAGAGCGCGAGGAUUGAAGUUGCAAGGAGGAUCAAAAAUAGAACCAAGUUCAUCGUGAUGCAUGAUGCUUAUCGACAACUUGGUCAGAAGGGGUUCGAAAAGUUCAGCGAUGAGUUCAAACGUUUCCACGAAUUUUUCCCUCCUCGCCCCUUUCCUGUUUUGGCUGGACCUCCAACUCUUCUCGCAAGCCAGGAGGAGGAUUGUGACAUCGACAUUGACUUUUACUCCUACGAUCAGUGGUGUUACCCUGACAUGUUUCAACACAACCGACUGCGUGGUCUCACAUAUUUCCAAGAAAGUACGUGCCAAGCCCAGAACAUAGACAAGCACGAUGCCAACUCAGAUGCUGAGCUCAUAAAGAUUGCAAGCUUGCUAACCAAUCAGUACCAACUAGAUCCGGUCUACAUGUCCAGCCCCUUGAUAUCCUUCUUCCCUGUGCUGGAAGCAACAAUCUCACAGACCUCAGGCUGCAUCCUCCUCCUUGGUGCUCUGAGGGAGACCCAAGAGGCUGCGCAGGAGGUGGUUGCUCGCAGUAUAGGUGGCAAGGAUCGCAGGAUCGUACCGGUCUUGCUGGAGGACGGCACUUCGGGUCGGGGAAGAUGGUGGCAAGAGAACAAGGAGGAAGAGCUACUAGGGGCCGAUCAGCUUCGAUCGUUUUUUCCUGCUCUCGCACCGAUGGAUCUCUCGAGGGACCUCAGGAAGGCUCUCAGCUCACUGGCCUCUCAACGCGACCCCGUCAGCGUCGUCUUGGUCGACGAGCUUGGCUUCAAGGCCGUGGCCUUCGCUCACAGGGCCGACGACGCUGCUAGUGUCAGGCGACAGGAGAUGCUCGAUGGGUGGAGGCGAUCAGACGUGACUGACCUCGAGUGCGCAAAGUUUCUCAACGGAGACCCUCAGGCGGCCUCUUUCUUGGACAGUGCCACUCAGUGGAUCAGAGUGCUACAGGAAGCCCAGGCUGCUCGCUGCACCGUCUGCGUCAGCCUGCGGCGAGUACGCCGGAAGCACACCCACGGGGAAGGCUACGACAGCAAGGGGCUCGACGAGGCGCUCAAUGAACAUCUCUCUGCCAUCGAAACGAGCCUUUCAUCACUCAGCAUAUCCGAGAAAGCUGCAGCCAACCCUCAAGUGCUGGAUGCUCCUGAGACCACCAGCAAACUCCUGCAGAGCGAGGCAAGGCCGCCUGCACAGCCCUACCAUGAUCCUUCGGUUAUGGUGCUGAGAGGCGAUAAAGUUGUCAGACUCGAUCGUUUGCAAGAUGUUGAGCCGUCUGAUAUUGUCCUUGACGACCAUUCAGAAGACAAAGGUGAAUCACAAAGUGUUGAAAAGUGUUUUAUCGUCUUGAUCAUCUUUUUAGUUUCCGAGGAGAAGACAUAUGUCAAAGACGACCAAUCCAUUCACUCCGUGCACUUGAGUGAGAACGAGGUCCCUGCGAUACUCAACUCAGCCGUUUGGGAUUUGGAUGAGCAGGCCACGAGCAAAGAUAAACAUGUUUCAUCAAUCGAUUCUCACAACGCAACUUUUGUUGUGAAGAACUUUGGAUCUUGUAAUGUAGAUUUGUUGAGCAGGGUGAUCAGAAGUGAUUUUGCAAGCUCGAAAACAUUUCAAUCGAGUGUUGCGAAAAGCAUAAAUGCUUUCGAAAACUCGUCUACGAAUCUGCUACUUGUUGACAACCUUGGUCGUAGUUGGGUUGUGAAAGCAUACGAACAAUGCAGAAUUGGGAGUUUCGCUGACUGCACCGUUGUGAUCAACCCAGAAACAUGCAAGGAUGUCGCUGGUCACCAUGCUUGCGUCUCUUAUUCAUCAGCAAGAGGAGCUUGGGUUUACCAGGACUCAAGCUCAUCCGGCAGUUUUGUGAAUGAAAACUUCAUCCAUGGGACCUGCAGCGACAUCGGACAUGGCGAUUUCAUUCGUUUAGGCACUGCAGGAAGUGAAAUCUACUUUGUCGCGCAUCUUGUUCCGGGGACAGCACAGAACUUGCAAGAAUACAUCAUGGGAACCACAAGACAAAGCGUAAUGACGCCCGACGGAUCGUUGAUUGACUUGAAGGAGAAGAAUGUUGAAAACCAUAUCAAAGAGAGGAUCGAUCGAAUAUCCCGACGUUCACAGCCGUUGAUGAUUAAUCAUGGAACACAGCAACGCCAGCAAUUCGGUGGAUGCUACCGGCAAGAUUCCGUCUCCCAACCUUCAGACAUUCGCUCACACAUCCUUCACGACACACAAGGGCUGAGCGUAUUUCCUCCGUCUCACUCGUCACCGCACUUCCAUGCGCUACCGAUUCACCAUCAAGAACAGGGCUCGCAGCUUGAACCGCAACAGAGCAUGAGUCGAAACAUAGCAAUGAUCACUUACAAUGGAAGCAUCGUGUGGAGCCCGAUGACUUCACCGUUGAACAAUGACAUCUCUCAAAGGGAUCGCCGACCAGCUUCACUGCCAGGAAUCACGCGAGGCCAGGAAUCGACGGGAGUCACAACUCGAGUGCCCACAGAUGACGAGAUCUCUGAUUGGCUGGCGACGAGCCGAAAAGUCGGGGAGCGGUCGGCCUCGCUCAUUGUUAAGGAGCUCAAAGAUCUGCGACGAUCUGCUACGAGCGAAGCAGAAAAAGUGAUCGAGGAGGCUAAGCGCGAAGCUGAGCAGCUGCGAGCAAGGGCUCAAGAGGAAGCGACUCUGCUUCGACUGCAAGCUCAAGAGCAUGCGGAUAAGCUGAAGAUGACAGCUGAGACGAUCUCGAGGCAAGCAGUCUCCCUACAGCAGGACAACCCAAUGCGCUUAAGCAGAUUAGAAGAAUUCGUCACCAGCUUUCAGCCAAACAUGUCUCAUCGUGCCAGAGAAAAUGCGUUGUACUCUGAUAGUCAAGGCAGGGCUCCUGAACGCCUGACGAGCGACUAUGCUCGAGUGAAUUUCAGUCCGUCUGCCUCCAAGCUGAAGGACACGGACCAUGGGCACGGGGCCUCACCCCAUCGCGACUCUGCACGAGCUUCAGACCAGACCGACCGACCUGAAAUCAUGACAGUCUUGCAACCUGCACGAGGUCGCGAGGAUUCGACACAUACUUCCUCGAGGGGCGAAGCUUCACAGCUCGUCACGGGCGCACGAGGUGAUGACGGACAAGGCCCGCGAAUUUCUCUCAGUCGCCCCUCGGGCUUCUUGCGCCCAUCCCAACCGUGGGAUGCGGCUCCGAGAUCAGCCUUCUUGAACGCGCUUGAUGGAGCCUCCUACUCGCAUAGUGACCACGUUGCUGCCGCUGAGACUCCUCCUCCUCUUCCUCCUCCUCAGAGCUAUCUUGAUGCAGAAGAACCGUAUGAUCACUACGGCAAUCGCAGCACCUUUCAAAGCUUCAAUUCUGAGGUCUACGGAGACCAUGCCGAGGAAAUCCUAGAGCUCGAGGCAGAAAGAGAAAGGAUCCUGUUCGAGCUCGCUCAAACAGUGGCAGACACACGAGUUUCUUACGCUGUAUGA